CAUGGCGGCGGCGGGAGGCGGCGGAGCGGCGGCGGCGCGACGAGGGCUGCUCAAGCGCAAACCCAACUUCACGCUGCAGGAGCUGGAGGUGCUGAUGAGCGAAGUGCUCCGGUACGAGCCGCUGCUGUUCGGCGCCGCCGCCGGCACCGUGAACGCCUACGAGAAGCAGAAGAUCUGGUGGCGGAUCACGCACAAGGUGAACGCCGCCGGGCGCCACCAGCGCGACAUCGGCGAGGUGAAGAACCGCUGGCGGGGGCUCCGCCGCCGCGCCGGGGACAAGAUCAGCCGGCACCGGCUGGAGCGGCAGGGCCCGGCCGGCAGGGCCCCCGGCAGGAGCGGCAGCGGAGGGAGCAGCGGCAGUAACGGGAGUAACGGGAGCGGCCCGGCCGAGCCCGGCCCCGCGCCCGCGCUCCCGCCCGCCUGGGCAACGCGCGGGGCCGGCCCCGAACCCCCCGGGCGGAGAGAGGAGGGACCGGCACCACACGGCGUCAAGGAGGAGCCGCUGAAGGAGGAGCCGGUGGAGGUGAAGACUGAGCCCGACGGCAUUCCCGGUGUUCCCGGCGUUCCCGGCACUCCCGGCGUCCCCGGUCGCGGCUCCGAGCGGCGCCUGCCCCGCGAGGGCUGGAGCGGAAGCCCCCCGCCCCCCGCGCCCCCCGAAGUGGCACUGGGCGAGCUGGGGGGGCGGCAGGACCCGCUGGGCUCCGACCUCCCGAGCCUCCUCCUGGAGCCCGAGCCCGAGCCGGGCCGGCUGAGCCGGGCCGAGAGUCCCCCCGGGGCGGGGGGGCCGAGCGGGACCCCCGAGAGCCCCGAGCUGAGCCUGGCGCGCUCCGGCGAGCAGCUGGUGCGGGAGAUGCGGGAAUUCCGCCGGGAAUACGCCGAGAGCCGGCGGGAGACCACGGCGGUGCUGCGGGGCAUCGCCCAGGCGCUGGCAGCACUCGACCGCAGCCUCUCCGACAUCCGAGACCUCUACCUCCGGGACAGGGGGGUCCCCAGGCCCUGACCCCACCCCCCCGCGCCACGCAGCUGGCUGUGUGUGCCCCCUGGACCGGCGGGGACACCCCCACCCCCCCAUCCAGUGCCCACCUCGUGGCUUUUAUUCUUAAUUUUUAUUAUUAUUUUUUCUUGGCCCCUCAGUCCCCACUCAAAUAAAACUCGGAGGUGCCCCCCCGACUCCCCCCCAGCCCCAGGAUUUUCGAGGGGUUUUUGGGGGGAUAGGGGGUGGGGUUGCACCCCCGGAGGGGCCACCUGGCUUUUCCUCCCACUGGAAGCAAAGGUGGUCCCAAAUAUCCCCCCACCCUCGUCCUGGUGAUGGUUUGGGGGGGGUUGGAUCCCACCAGGAGCAACCAUUGGGGUGACCCCCCUUCCCCUCAGAGGACCUGACCAGGAGAGGGGGGUGGAUGGGGGAAUUAUCCCCUUUCCCAGCACUAAAUUGACCGUUUUCUCACC